AGCUUCUUAUACCAGUUGCUGACUUCGUUGACGAUGACGCCUCUUCUAAACCCUCCUCUUCUGCUUCCUCUUCUCAUCACUCCGGCCAUGAGGAAGCUCAUUCUCGCUAUAGAAAUAUAGCCAAUAUUCCCAGUUGCAAAGUUACUAAUGCAGUGGUGGAAUGUUUCAAGAAUCGGUCUUCAACUGGAUUAUACAAUCACGGAAGCUGCCCAAGAACUGUCUUAAAUAGACACCCAAAGGAAUUUCCAUCUGGUGCGCUGACGCUAUGA